UGCGCUGUACCCAGCAAGCAGCCAGCUCCCAGCGAGCAGCGAUCACCGGUCCUUGUCUGCCUCCGCCCAGUGAGCAGCCAGCAGUGAUCACAAGCCCCUGUCCGCUAUCCGGCCGAACGAUGCCUGUGCUCCCCGCCAUCCGCAUCUGGCCGCUGCUCCUCCUGUUGGCCGUCCGGCUUGGCGUGGCCGUCGGCGCUCCCCAGCCCUGGCGUUGCGCACCCUGCUCGGCUGAGAGACUUGCGCUCUGUCCGCCCCUGCCCGCCUCCUGCUCUGAGCCCGCCCGGCCUGCCGGCUGCGGCUGCUGCCCGAUGUGCGCCCUGCCUCUGGGCGCUGCCUGCGGAGUGGCCACGGCGCGCUGCGCCAGCGGACUCAGCUGCCGAGCUCUGCCUGGGGAGCCUCGACCCCUGUACGCCCUCACCCGUGGCCAGGGCGCCUGCAUGCCUGAAUCUGACAACACCGCGCUCAGUGCAGAGGCCACAGACGCCGAGGGCCCCGCGGCCCGGGAGACCGUGUCCCCUGAUGACCCAGGAGCAGCUGAGAUGACCCAGGAGAGGCUGCUGGGCAUUUCGCACCCAGUGGCGCCCUCUGGCGAGGACCCGCCCGUGCCCCGAAGGACCCUCAGUGACCAGGAAAGUGUGAGGGCGCACGGGGGCACCGACGUCCAGCAGUGGAAGGGGCCGUGCGGGCAGGAGCUGCACAGUGUGCUGGAGAGGCUGGCCCAGGAGCAGCAGGAGGCCAGAGGCGGGCCCUACAAGUUUUACCUGCCCAACUGCAACAAGAAUGGGUUCUAUCACAGCAAACAGUGCCAGACGUCCCUCGACGGAGAGGCAGGGCUCUGCUGGUGUGUGGACCCCCAGAGCGGGAGGAGGAUCCUGGGGUCCGUGGAGGUCAGAGGGGACCCCAACUGCCAGCGGUAUUUCCACUGAGCACGGAAGCAGCGCGGCCUCGUCCUCCGACCGACGGGGUGUUGAAGUGCACAACCUAUUUAUACUCCAGAAGACGCCCACUCAUCUGUGUGUGUGUUUGUAUAUAUAGGAGCCACGUUCAUACUCCACAUACUGCCUGGCAUCUAAAGCUGCGGUUUAUUUAUUCACUGUAAGUUUAUUUUUCUACACAGUAACUUGUGCUAUAUUAACUUAUAUUCAUGAAACACUUUUCACCACGUUGUAUGUAAAUAGUUUUAGCUCUUUAAAGGUCCGUGCUUCCGUUUGUAAAGAACUGUGGAAAAUCUUGCUCAGAAAACGCAGAAUCAGAUGUGUGGCUGUGCCUUUGUCAAGCUGUUCAGUGACUUACUCUGUGUGUUGCACCAAAGCCACUCAGUGUGAGCUUUCGGGGAACAGCUGAUGAUGCGAUCACAGCAACAUGUGCAGUGUUGCUGCACGUGAACACUUGCAUUGGAUACAUUGUCAAACGCGCUUGCACAGUGUAAACAAAUAAAGUCUUACUCAAAGCAUUGUUACUGCCAUGGACUU